AUGGUUACUACUAGUACUAGAGUACUCAUACUAGUCACAUUUUUCACCGAUCGUGGCAUCCAUCUGCCUGUGCCAUGCAAUCAGCACAAACCGAGCAGUGAACAGAUCACAAGGGAACCUCAAUUGCAGCCGGCGACUGAGGCACAGUGUGGUCCUAUAGCUGGCGUCAGUGGCAUUCAUCCAUAUUGGACGACCCGGGACGUUUUAGCGUUUGUAACGCUUGUGGUGGUAUUUGUUAUACUACUGAUUCAGCUAUAUCACAUUCUGGAGGAGGAGGGUUGUGUGCGUCGCAUGCGGCAGCGGCUGCGGGGCAGGCCGCAAAUCGUCAAUGGCACUCACAGCAACAGACGCCUCAAUGAGGAGGACUCUGAAACAUCGAGUGCAUAGCUGUGAGAACAUUCAGCCACAGACAUAAACUUAAACGCACAAACUAUUGGCUAGCACAAGGUAAAUUAAAUAGAAACUUGCAAAGAUUAUUGUGAUUCAUUGAUUAAAUAAAAUACAUUAAAUACGCAAAUUAAA